AUGAGAACCACAGCAUGGGCCUUCCGCUCGCAGGUGACAGAUAGCGUGCACUGCAGCGACGCUAGACCACAGAAGAAGAACGGUGAUGCACUGGGGGUCUUCGCGAGUGACUUGAAACCUUCCCUCACACUGAUGAAGGCGUUGGGUCUGCUGCCCAUAAAAGGCCUGCAAACAGCGAACCCUGUGUUCCGGCCAACUUCUGGUAUCUUCAUGUACUCGCUGGCGUGUUACCUGGUGAUGUCUGGCUUGGCGACCUCCGUCGUUGGCUACGUGCUCAUAUACCUGAGGAAGCACCAAGAUAACUAUGAUGGCAGCGUCUUCAACGUGAUCUUACUUGUCUCUCUUGUGCCUGGCUUCUUGUUACACCCAUUGUACUGGUUCGAGGCAAAGAAGGUCGUCGCACUUCUGAAGAAGUGGGCGGAAUUUCAGGAGAUGUUUUUGAAAACUACUGGGACAAAACUGAAUCUUGGCCUGCGGCGCCUGUCGAUGUUCUUCACAAUGGCGGUGCCACUGGUCGUGGCCCUGAUAGUCAUGGCGGAGCUGUUUAUAUUCAGCUUACCGCUACCGACUCUCACUGUUGCGUAUACCGUCACCGUCAGCAUGCUUGGGGACCACGCCAUUCUGUGGGUGCUGCAGUGCGCUGCCAUCUGCCGGUCGUCGCAGUUAAUAAAGGAUUGUCUCAAGUUGACGCUGCGCCGGAAGAGCGGCGCGGUGAGCCUGCGUACGCUGGAGGCGCUAUGGUUGCGCCUGUCGCGGCUCUGCACGGCCACGGCGCAGGCACUCUCCGCCGCGCACCUCCUCGCCACGAACAUCUGCUCCAUCGUCUUCCUCAUGAGCGCCUACGGAUUCCUCAUCAGCUUCGACAAACCCGACCUGCGUCUCAUCGCCGGUGGUCUCGGCGCCUACGCCGUGUUCAAUGUCAUCUACCUGGCCACGAUCUACAAUACCGGCUACAGUGUUGUCGCAACGAUGAAUGACUUCUGUGACGAAGAAAUUGAUGAUUUGAUUGCUAGGGACGAAAACAUUCGUGAUGAGACAGCCACUAAUUUUGUGCCUUCCGUAGUCCAGGGGUACCCAACUCUUCCUGUGGCCGCCGAGUCACGUUGGCAGUCCAAGCUGUGUGAGAAGCUAGCCAAAGAAGCAAUGGAGUUGGCAACAUUAACACGAGGCAUCCGAAGUGCUGACGUAGGACACAGGUGCUACGCCGUAUCGAGAAUAAAUGGGAAGAAUGAUGGCACAAUACUGCACAGUUCAUUCGCGUCUACGAUGCUGACCUACAUUGUGGUGCUGGCACAGUUUAAAUUUGGUGGCGACACACCUGUUCCAGAGGCCCUGACGCCGGUCAGCACUCCUACGACAGCCACGGAAGCAGCCCCGCGUUCCUAG